AUGCCCAACAGAUACUCCGCUCUCCAGGAUGUUGAGGCAAGGCUGAGUAUUGAUGAAAGUGAGACUGACGAUGUCUAUGAUGAUGUGAAAAACGAGCCAAAAGUCUUGGAUGUGACAAGAAGCUCAAAGAUAUCUAUCGUUAAAAAGCUUGGGCUGUUGACUCUAUUCGCCGGAUAUACUGCUCUUGUAUUUGGCCUUGGGCACGCCUCGGUAAGACCAGAUGGUUUGCAUGCUCAACCUUCAGCGGCACUGCCCUAUCUUCAAGAAAAACACCUCCAGUCUCUUCCACAAUCGUACGAUCAGAUAAUCACAUUCAACGGAACUCUGGACUAUCCAUCAAAAUUUCGAGGUCCACCAUCACCAGAUAUUGAUCGCGCAUGGGCUCGUUCUAUCAACCUUGGAGCAGUGAAUGUUUCUUUGUCUGACAAUGAUAUGCGACUAUUGGGAAUGGAUCCAGAUACUUCAGUGAAGCUUCCUCCUGAGGAUGGAGGCGCUUAUCGAGUUCAUUUUGAAUUCUCGCAUCAAAUGCAUUGUGUGAACUUUAUACGCAUGUGGACAUACCGAGACCAUUACAAAGAAGAACAAGAGGAGUUCAUGGACAGUGCAUCAAUGCAGCGCACUCAUAUCGACCAUUGCGUUGAAAUGAUUAGGCAGUUUGUCAUGUGCCAUGCGGACACGAACCUUGUCUCUACAAACUGGGUAGCCGGGAGCAGCUUGCCACACCCCAAUUUCAACACUAAACAUACCUGUCGCAAUUUCGAUGCAGUUGUCGAUUGGGCGUGGGACCAUCAGAUAACUAUCAGACCGGCAUCCAAGCCCGAAGGGGUAAAGGAACUUGCGUCUCCACCAUGA